AUGUCCACAAUGGCAACCAAUAAUAAUAAUAGUGAAAAUUUAGGUUUUAAUAAAAAAGAUGAAAUGAUUUAUGCAACUCUUUAUCCAAAUGACAAUAAUGAAGAUUCUGCACUAACCAUUUUUACAGAUACAAGCAAAACCAACGAAAAAACACAUUAUAAAAGAUGCUUUGUUUCAAAGGAUACCAUUUUAUUGGUUUGGACUGAUAAUAAUUUUAAUCCAAGAGAUGAUGAUGACCUUUCAAAAGGAAAAUAUCUUGUAUUUAAUCCAAACUCCUGCAAUAUCCUCCCAGAAAAUCAAUUCAAAUUUAAAGUAAAGGAAAUAGAAAAAAAUACUUUUUUUGCAAAUAUUAAACUUCAAUCCUCAAAGAAACAAUACUCCCUAUCAAUUACUCCAUUAGAAUGCGAUAUACAAACCUAUCAAUCUGGUAAUGACUAUGCUCCCCUUAUUAUUCACACUCUUCAUGAGGAUGAGUUUGUUGACUGCCAAAUUUCAUUAAAAGAUAGUACUGGUUCAGUUAUAACCCAUGGAAAAAUUUUUUUCAAAUACAACCAUAAUGAUGGAAUUGUUGACUAUAAUGAAGCAAUUGGAUUCCCUGAAAAACUACAAAUCAAUUGUUUCGAUAAAAACUGCUUUAUUUUUGUUGUAAACGAAUAA